AUGUCGAAGCUUUCGUUCAGGGCGCGGGCCCUCGACGCCAGCAAGCCCAUGCCCAUUUUCAUGGCCGAGGAACUGCCUGACCUGCCCGAUUACUCGGCAAUCAAUCGGGCGGUUCCUCAAAUGCCCUCAGGAAUGCAAAAAGAGGAAGAAUGCGAACAUCAUCUUCAAAGGGCAAUAUGUGCCGGCCUCAUCAUACCUACUCCGGAGGUUUCGGACCUGCCAAACUCGGAAUUCUACGACGACGUCUAUCCAGCCAGCUACAAGCAGCCCCGACAGCUCAUACACAUGCAACCUUUUACUAUGGAACAAGACAUACCGGACUACGAUAUGGAUUCGGAUGACGAAAGAUGGCUGCAGUCUCAGACGCAGAAGCUUGAUUUGUCGCCUGUGAAGUUUGAGGAAAUGAUGGACAGGCUAGAAAAGAGCAGCGGACAGACUGUGGUCUCCAUAAACGAAGCUAAAGCAUUGCUCAAGGAGGAUGAUGAUCUCAUUAUUGCAGUAUUUGAUUAUUGGCUAAACAAACGACUAAAAAUGCAACAUCCUUUGAUAUUGACUGUAAAAACGGAGCAUAGAGCAGGUACGGCUGCUAAUAACCCUUACCUAGCGUUCAGAAGAAGGACGGAAAAAAUGCAGACGAGGAAGAACCGCAAAAACGACGAGGCCUCGUACGAGAAAAUGCUUAAGCUUCGUAGGGACCUGCACAGAGCUGUGACGUUGCUGGAGCUGGUUAAACGCAGGGAGAAAAUAAAGCGGGAACACGUGCAUCUGACCAUUGAGGUUUUCGAGAAGAGGUAUCAGGCCAAAGAUUUUAGCGGGGCUAUCAUGGCUGAAGCCUCGGCUAUCAAAUCUUCCAGGCCCGCCUUCACCCCCAUUUUCCACAACAAUUACCCCAAUCAGAGCUGGUCCAACAAAGCUGCGCUGAAAGAUGAGGUGAUACCGAGGCGCGAAAAGCGUUCGUACAAAAAGCGCAGCAAACACAAAGCGCUGUCGCACGGCCUGAGCGCGGGGGCUCUGGGUCUGGACAGCGUGGGGGCGCUGUCGUCGGACGAGGAGGCCAUGCUGCCGCAGAUGUCGCCCGAACCGGAAGAGGCCGAAGACGAGGGACACUUCGCCUUCCGGCGGAACAAGCUGUGCUCCUAUCAUAUGCCUCUGCCGGAAGAGGGCAACUGGUCGUGGUGCUCGCGCGAGGAGAACGGCCUUGCGGACCCGCGCUUCCGCUUCUCGCUCACGUCGGUGCUGCACCCGCGACGCCGGUGCGUCGGUUUCGCGCGCCGGCGCGUCGGUCGCGGCGGCCGCGUCAUCCUGGACCGCGCCUCCUCCGACUACGACGACUACUGGCGCCACCUGGACUUUUCGAUCGUCGAACCGUCGUCGAUCAAGGCCGAGGACGAGGCGGCGGCGGCCGCGACGUUGCCGCCGCUCAAGGCGGAGCCCUCCGCGUCCAGGGUCAAAGUGGAGGUCAAGCGGGAGGUGGAGGAGGAGGGGGUGGAGCCGCUCGAAGCGGCAACGGCGCCCGAUCGACUCGACGACAAGGAUGUCGACAUGGACGACUUUUUGCAAUCCGUCAGGAGAAAUUUGCUUCACUUCCGGCCGAAAACUCCACCUUGCGAAGCUUCUUCGGCGCCUUCGGGCGGUUCGAGUCCCUCUUUCCCUUGGGACGAGUGCGGCGCCUCGUUCAGCCUCGAGAUUCAGCCGCUAGAGGCGCCCAGCGCCCACCUGCUCGACACGUCGCCCUUCCUCACCGACCCGUUCGUCUUCGACCUGGACGUGCCGGUCACGGACACGCGGCAACGCCGCAACAACAACGGCCCGUUCAGUGUAGGCGGUGAAACGAUAGACAACUCGAGUGACGCUAGUAAUAAAGUGCGCGACGCGAAAACAACGAACGAUCACGACUACGUGGAGGAGGAGGAGGAGGAGGAGGGGGAGGAGGAGGUGGGGGGCGACGACGCGGCAACCGCGCACACGAUCGGCUGCUCCCGCUUCUCCCUCUCGGAUGUGAACCCCUCGAAUCGUCGUCUUAUAAACUCUUCGCAUCGAUACCGUUCGACGACGAGGCAGCGGUCGAAUCGCGUCGCGGCAACGUCGCACCCUCCCCCCGCCACGCUUUCCUCCUCUUUUUCUUCGAGUACCUUGACUAGUCCUAAGUUAUUAAUAACGAACACGAACAGUGUUGUAAAUACCGGUAGUAAUAGUUACGGCGGGGCGUUGGCGGCGACGGCAACGCCGCACGACGGCGGCAACAGCGCCAACGGGCUGCUGGCGACGGCGCCCCCCUACGGAUUCGAUGUGUCCAGUAAUAGAACAAGAAAUAAUAAAUUAUACGCUUAUUCUGGCGGCGUGGGGUACCCCAAUGCUACUCCUACGAGCACGUUGAGUCUUCACACUGCCUCACAUACUCUUACGCUUAAUAGUCAUAGUGCCAACAUCUUGGAGAUACCGUUGGCGGCGGACGCCGACUCUGUGGGCGGCAACUCGGUGCAGUGCACGGAGGCGGGCGGCGGCGCCGCGGUCGCCACCCCCAACAGCAAGCAGAAGAUCCAGGGCCGCAAGAACAACCUAAUCAUGGAGGUAACUUGA